AUAGAUACUCCUGAAAAAGGUAGAUAAAGCCGUGUUCUUGGCGUUUAGAUGUUACCUGUCUAACAAUAAUUUUACUGUUUUUAAUUUUUGAACAUAAUUCCUUUUCGUAUACUGGUUCCAGUCGGUCUAUUCAUCAUGUGCGGCACGGUUACCUUGUGGCCAAGCUUGGCAGUUUGACCUAAAUCCCAUUACAAUGCUGCUUCUUUUUCCCGACAGUAGGUUGACAAGGGUAGUUGGUUGAAUCAGUCAUGUCGUGGGGUUUUCUUGAGUCCUUGACACGUCCCGUGAAGUCUUGAAUGGCAGUGAGCUGCAACUCUAUAAAUAUAAGGAUGGCGUCUUCCUCGAUUUGUAUGGGACGAUUAGAUCAUCAAGCCUCUUCUACAUCGACAUAACUAAACUCACUCCGCAACGAUGGUAUUUCGUUCUUCUAUACCCUUGGCUGCGGCCCUUCUGCUUCUGUCCCAUGGGACUACUGCAACGCCUGUUCCAGAGCUCAAGACAAAAGCAUUUACCCAACCUAUCGGUAUCCCAGAAUUCCAGGCUACGAGCGUCUUUGAUGGUCCGAUUCCGGAAAUCAUCACCCUUACACAAGCCGAUCUUAACCAUAACGUUACUGAGGUACCGGCACACGUGCCUGAUCAUGUACAAGUAGUAGAUGAUUCUGAGAUUGACAAACGCUUCGUCUUUGGGGCCGACAACCGUGUUCUAUGGACAGAUAAGUCUUACCCAUAUUCGGCCAUGGGAAAGAUCCAGUGGUCGAAUGGCGUUUACUGCUCGGGCGCCCUGAUCGGACCGCGUCACGUAGCUACUGCUAAGCACUGCGCGCCUCUCGACAACCCAGGCGUAAGCGUGCGCUUCAUGCCGGCAUAUUACGACGGCGAGUCAUUCCCCGGCGCGUAUGUCACAACGAUCAUCUAUCUCCCCGGAUACUCGGUGCACAACCCGGACGCGAAUGCUUGCGACAUCAAGGAGGACUGGGCUAUCUUCAUUCUCGACGCUCGUCUCGGAGACCAGCGCGGAGGCCUUGGAGCCAAGGUCAUUGAGUCAUCGCUCAUUAACAACCCCCAACUCUUUCACCUCGGGUACCCGGGUGACUUGGCAAACGGCGAGAGACCGUAUCGACAGGAGAAGAUCACGGUCCGAAACAGGUUUGACUGUGAUGCAACCGGUGGCCUCUCUACUGAUGCUGAUGUCGCUGGCGGUAUGAGCGGCGGUCCUAUCUGGCAAAACGACAACGGGUCUCGCUACCAACUCGGUGUUCUAAGCGCUACCAGCUCCACAGAGACUGUCUUCGCUGGCGGCAGCAACUGGAUCAGCGCCGUUGCCCGUUCCCGCCAAGAUUUCCCUUGAUUCAUUCGAGUUUUAUCGAAGCUAUUGUAUUGUAUCGCGCAGCUCUAUAUGGGGGAUGAUUUGAGGGGGGUUCUUGUAUAUAUUCCAAGUCUGUCCAUAAGUUAGUUCAGUAUAUAUAACAGGUCACUAAGUUAGGUACCCAACCUUACCACUUAUACUCAAGUACCCAAAAAGGGGUAAAACCGCGACGCUCUUAUCUAUUUGUAGUUAUUCGAUGA